GAAGACCUGUCAAUUCCUCUCCACACCAAACCAAACGCACGCAAAGUUUUGUUGUCACGCAGGCGCACAGGAGGGGAUUUAAACUAAAAAACACUUUUUUUUUGGGUUGAGAUAUUUCACAACAGAGGGGUCUUGACUCAACAGCACCAGAAAAAAAACAAAACAGAAAAGAAACCAAACUCUGGGCGUCUCACCUCAGCCCUCCAUGCUCCUGCAAUCCGGCGGGUGUUAAGAUCCAUGGAAGUGGCCGGCUUCUACGACGAGGGCAGCUUUGCUAUCCACAGUAGAGACAGCAUUAUCAGUCCCGUCAGCGGAGGCUCAUAUUGGAGGCUCGGUGACUCGAUGACGGAGCUGGGCAUUGAAGAGCGGGAGAGAGCGAUAGACUUCAGCGUUUACCUGGAUUCAGCCGUGCACUGUCCACCGCAGCACGGGCACCACCACCAGCACAGCCAGCAGCAGCAGCAGCAGCAACAGGGGGACGUUUUCUCAGAUUUCCUGGCGGAGAACAAGAUCAAGAGAGUGGCUUUGCAAAACUACAAGAACUACUCGCUGCUGAACGAGCUGGAGACGAGUCAGUGCGACAACUUGAGGGACCCAAGGGAGCCCUACGCGCUGGGUUACGCCGAGCUCCAGGAGACCCGUGUGGAUAGUGUGCUCAGCCCUGACCUCGUCGGGAGCCGCUACAGAGCUGCUGCUGCUGCCGCUGCUGCUGCUGCUGGAGAGAGAGACGACAGUCAGGAAGACGCAAAGAUGGAGAACGGGUCGUCUGCUUUUGACAUGAGGUCCUACCUUCAUUACCAGUCCACGAGUGGCAGCCUUGGAAACAUCUCCACCGCGUCCUCGACUUGUUCCAGCCCGCCCGGCACACCUGCCCCGUCAGGUAAAAGCAGGUCACCGUCGUCGCACGGUGGCAAAAUGUCCAGCGGGAAGUCAAAGAAACGCCUGGAUAAGGACAGUGAAGAGUACAGGGUGAGGAGGGAGAGGAACAACCUCGCCGUGAGGAAGAGCAGGGACAAAGCAAAAAUGCGCAACUUGGAGACUCAACAUAAAGUGCUGGAACUGGCUGCGGAGAAUGACCGUUUACAAAAGCGCGUAGAGCAGCUGUCCAGAGAGCUGGCCACCCUGCGCAACCUGCUCUCAGCCACCGGACAAUGUUAGAGAGAGAGAAAGAAAAGAAAGAAACCUCCACCCUAGACAUGCCACCACACAUGGACAUGGACUUUUUCUGUUUUUUUUUUUGUUCUUUAGAGCCUGAGGUGAUCAAAAAACAAACACGGUACGCUUCACAGGUGAAGACAGUGACCACCAGUUUACAAGGACACUUUGAAUGGGACUGAAGAAGUGGGUGCAUGGAUUGCGCAAUCAUUCACAAUUCUUCACAUGUUCACCAUAGCUUUAUUCUCAGAUGUAAUUUUGUGUAUGCAGUAUUUCUGUGCAGGUUACACGCAAAGAGUGAAUUUCUACAUUUUUUUGUGUAUGUGUGUGUGUAUCUGGAGCAAUGGUUGUCAAGGGAAGAGUUGUGCUGCAGUGAAAUGAUGCAACUCUUUGUAAUAGUAUUGGCAAUGAAUGAAAUAAGUCUAAUUAUUUAAUAUUAAAAAGGGGAAAUGCUUUAAUUGUACUUGAUAUUUUAUUGAAUUAAACAGAUUUCUACUUUGUUUAAACAA